AUGACCCGAUACUACGAUACUGAAAGCAAUAACGAAAGCAAAAAAUCUUUAGAUGAACAAGAUAUAAAAGUUUAUAAGAUAAAACCAACGUUAAGUUUAAUAAAAACUCAAAAACACAAGGAAAAAAAGGCUCUUCAAAUUCAAAAAAAUCGAUACAUAAAACAGAAAAAUGAAGUCCAGAAAAAAUUCCCGGGUAAAGCACCUAUAGACCCAGCCAAGUUAGAAGAACAUUCAAGAGGUGAAGGAUUUGAGGGAAAAGGUUUAAGACACCCAUUAUAUGCAGUUAAAUUGAAAAAGAAAGAAAAUAAACAUAAAUAUGCUCAAAAGCAAGCUGCUAGAGCUGAUAUUCUCUUAACUGAAAAUCAAGGUUUUUUAGAAGUUGAUGAUGACAAUAGGACAACAGGAAUAACACAAAAAGUAAUAGCUGAUAAUGUAGAUAUCACUGCAGCUACUAAAAUAUUUGAGUUAAACUUAGAUUUUGGUCCUUAUCAAGCUAAAUAUUCAAGAAAUGGCAGACAUCUAUUGCUUGGUAGUAAAAAAGGACAUUUAGCGGCAUUUGAUUGGGUUACAAAGAAGUUGCACUUUGAGACAAAUGUUAUGGAAUCUAUACAUGAUAUCAGUUGGUUACAUAUUGAAACAAUGUUGGCUGUAGCUCAAAAAGAAUGGCUUUAUAUUUAUGACAACACUGGAAUGGAGAUACAUUGUAUCAAGAAAAUGGAUAAGAUAUUAAAAAUGGAAUUUCUACCUUACCAUUUCCUUUUAGCAGCUGUUAAUGAAUAUGGAUUUAUGUCAUGGCUUGACAUAUCCAUAGGUGAAAUUGUUGGUCAUUACAAUAACAACAUGGGAAGAAGCUCAGUAAUGACACAAAACCCUUAUAAUGCUACACUAUGUUUGGGAAACUCUAAGGGAGUGGUGUCCCUGUGGUCACCGACUGUAAAAAAGCCCUUGGCUAAAAUCCUGUGCCAUAAAACACCUUUGACGGCAAUAGCGGUAGACAAUCGUGGCAUGUAUAUGGCAACUUCUGGUGUUGAUAGAAGUUUGAAAAUAUGGGAUAUAAGAAAUUUAGAUGGGCCGAUACAACAUUAUAAAUUGCGUAGUGCUCCUGUUGAUUUGGAAUUUUCUCAAAAAGAUAUGUUAGCUGUGGGUCUUGGGGAAACUAUUGAAAUAUACAGCAACUGCUGUUCACAAACAGCUGACAAGCCCUAUCUUAGACACAGAAUGGGAAAAUCUAUAAAUAAUUUUAAAUUCUGCCCCUACGAAGACAUCUUAGGAGUUGGUACAAGCAGAGGUUUUACAAGUAUUAUUGUACCAGGCAGUGGUGAACCAAACUUUGACGCACUUGAAAGCAAUCCAUUCCAAAACAAGAAACAAAGGAAAGAGGCUGAAGUUAAAGCCUUACUUGAUAAAAUUCCUCCUGAACUCAUUACUCUCAAUCCUCUUGAUGUUAUGGAAGUUGAUGUGCUUUCUUUGAAAGAGAAAAUGGAGGCUAAGACGAACCUUCUGUAUCUAAAACCUAAGAAAGUUGAUUUUACACCAAGACUAAAGAAGAAAGGAAAGACUAACAUUGCUAGAAAGAAAAUAAUAAAGGAGGCUGCAAGAAAGGAAUACAUCAAUCAAGCCAUAGAGGCAAAGAAAAUAUUAAACGUGCAAGAAAAUGAAAGUGAACCUAAACAAUCCUUUGGAGUUCUUGACAGAUUUGUUUCUAAGCCAAAAUCUAAAAAA